CGACAUCUCCUCCGCGCAACAUCCUACAAAGCGCAUGCCAGCCACCCGUCCUCGCUCCCUCUAACAUCGCGCUUCCUCUCCUCCAGUCCUCCCCACCUCUACGCCCGAAAAGAUACUCAAGACAAAGACUCACUCAAUCCGACGUCUACCGAGUACUCCAAAUCUGGCUCCGAUGAUGCUGCAGCUGCAAGCGAAGAUGCUGCCUUCAACCCCAACAAGACGAGUCCUGAGCACGAGAAGAGCACGGCUGGCAAGGAGGGUGACGGAAAUCCACUCGAAGUGAGCCCUGCGAACCCCGAAGUUAGCAAGCCGAGAGGCGAUACGGAGGGUGGGGCACAGGGAAGUCCAAGGACGAAACCGAGCGGCGGG